AUUUUCAAAUUCAGAUUUCAGUGUAGGCACCUACCAACGCAGAAUUGUAUCGUUGUUGCCGUUACCUUCGCCGUCAGCAGUGUUUUGUUGACAAUAAUUUUUGGUGAUGGUUCACUUAUUCAAACAUCUAUAAAGUUUAAAAAUUUUGUUAUUUGUAAUAAAUAUUAUCAAAAAUAUUGUGAGCCAGAAAAGUAUUCAAACAAAUUUAUGUGGUUGUUUCGUGUAUUUUGUUUUAUAUAUUUAAAUAAAACUUGACGCAAUUGGAUUUUUGGAUAAAUUUGUCGUUUUGCAGACUAGUAAUGCGUUAUUUGUAUUUCACCGGUAAGCCAUGAGACAAUGUCACGAAAGAGAUCUCGAAUAACUAAAGAAGAAAUGAGUUCUAUAUUGGAGUCCCGAGGCGAUGAAGGACGAAAUGGCAGCGACACUAGUUUUGGAAGCAACAGUUUACUUAUUUGUGAAACACAGUCACUUAGACACGCGGCGCCCUUCAGCACAGACCCGAUAGCUGUUGCUGAACGCGAGAGAUGCUCCUACGGAAGGAUACCGAGGGCUCAGGCUGUGGCCGGCACCGCGCCCAGGAAGGUCAGGGUCUACUCCGACGGGAUAUACGACAUGUUCCACCAGGGACACGCGAGACAGCUGCAACAAGCGAAGACGGUCUUCCCUAACGUAUAUCUCAUUGUUGGAGUGUGCAACGACAAACUAACGCACAGUCGUAAAGGUCGCACCGUUAUGACUGAGGAGGAGAGGUACGAGGCUGUGAGACACUGCAGAUAUGUUGACGAGGUGGUCUGCGACGCGCCCUGGGAGUACGACGAGGCGUUUCUGGAGAAGCACAAGAUAGACUUCCUGGCGCACGACGACAUCCCCUACACCACCGAGGACUGCGAGGACACGUACGCCAUGAUCAAGGCGAAGGACAUGUUCGUGGCGACGGAGCGGACGGAAGGCGUGUCCACAUCAGAUAUAGUCGCUCGCAUAGUCCGCGACUACGACAUCUACGUGCGGCGGAACCUGGCCCGCGGCUACUCCGCCAAGGAGCUGAACGUGUCCUUCCUGAACGAGAAGAAGUUCCGGUUACAGAAUAAAAUGGACGAACUAAAGGAUAAGGGGAAGAAGGUGAUGACGAAUAUAGGCGAAAAGCGCGUGGACAUCUUGACCAAGUGGGAGGAGAAGUCUCGCGAGCUGAUAGACGCGUUCCUCCUGUUGUUCGGUCCGGACGGCAGGCUGUCCAGCAUCUGGAACGAGUCCAAGGGCCGUCUGAUGCAGGCCCUGUCCCAACCGCCCUCACCGCACUCGUCGUCACCGCCCAGCGAGAACGGAGACCAUUCACACUCACCGUCACCUGAACCAGAACACAGAGGGUCGGCCUCCCCCCCACCACCUAAAUCUCGGCGGUGUGACCUGUUGUGGGAGGAGCAAGCAGGUAACUGGAUGCAUCGAGCUUUGACCGCGCUGAGUUCUCGGAAGAGGCCGCACAGCGCCAGCUGACGGACGACGGCUCAGACAGCGACGACGACUACCAGGACACCAGCCCUUACCUAUAACAUACAUUAUAUAAAUAUGAUAUAGAUAUACCAACUAGAGCAUAGAUAGACUUACAACGAUCGCUGUUAAAACACACCCUGUAUAUACACAACAUAUAUACACAUCGAUGGAUUUGUAACCGACUUCAAACACAAAAUUAUCUAUUGUAGAUAAUAUUGUCUAUGCCGGGAGAUUAAUAUUUUGAAAAAUAUGCAUUGUGAAAAAAAUAUGCUUACAAAUGAUGUAGUACACGUGUUUACGUCGGUUUCCCGGACGCUGUGGUCGAGUACGUAGUUCAUUACUUUGAAGUCGUUUCAUUAAAGGCGAGCCGGUCGUGAUAUUAUGAUAUUAGUAAAUUCGUUCAUCAUAUCAUUAUGACACGGAUGUAUCAUAGAUCUAUUAUAGUAUUUUUAAACGACGUCCCAUCGGAGUGUCAUCUUGACAUUUGGAUAUGACAGUCGCGUAUGUCAAAUUAUGUUAAGUCCCGGGUCGUGUGUCGCCCGCUGAUUGAGUGAAUGUUAUUUAAUCCUAUUAGUUUUUAAUGAUAAUUUUAUUUAUAUACAUAUAUAUAUAUAUGUAUCUGUUUAGUUUAAUAUUUUUCACAUUAAUAUAUCGCUGGAUGCCUGUGUCGUUCACACCACACGUCGUGGAUAUGAAAUCUAGGCAGAUAUUAUUUGUAUAGUACUUUUUGACGGUUGAUUAAAGAGGUGCUUAUAUUA